AUGUUACCGAGGCACCUAGAUGGUAUUGUUACGCCAAACUGGUUGGCUGCUAUGAGCAAGGAGACCAAUCGUCUGCAAGUCAUGCCCUGGUUGCCAUAUGGGACAUUCUUUCCAUUAGCUUUCCGAGCACGACCUUGUUCGGUUGUGAUGGACGCAUCUGUUGAUGUAGUAUUUACACCACAUCUUGCAGCUUCGUGCGGACCGGAGGCCAAAUUUGUGAUAUGCGUCCGUGAUCAUAUCUCGGCUAUCCAGUCAGCGGUGAACUUUAUUUUAUUCCAAAUAGCAAGAUGGAACCAUAGCCCUAGUCUUCGCCGUUUUAUAUGCAGCAUGCAAGAUCCGUCUAUAUAUUCACAUGGGAGUGGUCUUUCAGAUUACGUGGACCUCUGGAAGAUUUCAUUUACGCACUCAGUUUCAGUUAUAGAGACCACCCUAAAGAUGGAAAAGCAAGCUGAGAGCAUUGGCAUUGUCCCAUUUUUUCGAGCUAUGCGGAUGUGCCCGGAGAGUGACGCCGCUAAGAAGUCGUUUUUGUUUCAUAUCGUGGCUCGUCUUAUCGCUCAAUAUUCAAUGGCGUAUCACAUUUCACAUUUUGCCGAUGCAGUGUCUAGGGAUAGAAUCUUGGUUGUUGAGAACGCAAUAUGA